AAACUUCUGAGAAAUCGGCAAGCGCAUCUAUUCUUUCGACAGGGCACUACUGCCUUUCGCUUGCACUGCGCCACCGGCUUUCCCACAAUUUCCGAGAAACUGGCAAGCACCCAUUGUUGCAAGUAAGCUAAGACAUCGGCUCAGGCCACCAGCGUCCAGUCCAGCUAUAAAAAGCCAACCCGUUGCACGGCCUUCCCCACAGGUCUGUGCUCACCACAACAGCAGCUUGUGGGUAACAGUUCUUUCUUCAUUCCUCGUAAAUUACACAUAGCAACUUAUUACGCCCCGACUGGCCUCCGAUCCACAGCAACUUUCUGAACAAGUGAUCAAGGCACCAUGAGUUCGUCCGUGAUGGCCGUCAAAGAUAUGAAUCACCUGCAGGAGGUUCUGGCCAUGGCUAAGAAGGACUCCAAGCUGCUGGUGCUGGAGCUUAUGGGAUCGGUGAACUACACCACGACGUGCGAGUUCAUGAGGCCGAUUCUGGAUGGUAAGAUCGUCCCCGCGUUCGGAGGCAGUGCCUACUUCUAUAAGCUCGACGUCGACAACCACGAGUUCAAGGGUUUCAAGACGAAGUGGAAGGUCCAGGCGCUGCCGGACUUCGUGAUGGUGAAGAACGGCAAGCAGGUGAACCGCCUCGUCACAACCGAUAAAGACGAGCUCAUGACCGCCAUCAACGCAGCCUUUGAACCCUAAAAUUGAUAUUGAUCAGAUCAGUCGGCGUGACGAUCCAGACACAAAUUAAAGCAUGACACACACACACACACACACACAUGCAUGCAUGACACAUUAUUGUACAUGUAAGUUUGAGUUUACACACACCUAUAUCUACCUGCAUGUAUAUGCCUAGUUCAUGUGGGGUCAUAUAUACGGUCCGUGUGCGUACCUCUCUUUGAUUUCUUCGGGCAACAGUACAAGAUCGAUGGUCCCACCUUGAUGCCAUGGAGAAAUGGAAUACAAAAAUGACGGUUUGGAGUA